AUGUCUAAUGGAGGCACUCCCCGCAGAGUCAAGACAGAAACGCCUUCCUCGAAGUAUCCAAGCGCUACACAAUCCCCGGCGGUCAAGGGUGAGCGCGAAGAGACGAUAGGUGGCGAUCUCAGCAUCAAGAUUGAGCCUGGCAAAGCCCCAAAGCUGUCUCGCACAAUGUCGCAUAAAAUCAUCACUGGCCCCCGUCAAUUAUACACCGAUCUGCCCGACUCUACUGAUGAAGCCACUUCGACCUUCGAAGUCCUGCCCGACUGCACCUAUGGCGCAAAGCAUCUUGGCACCACAGAGCAGGCGCUCGAAUGUGACUGUGUCGAAGAAUGGGACGCGCACACCCAGUCCAAUCAUGCCUGCGGCGAGGAUUCGGACUGUAUCAACCGGGCCACCAAGAUGGAGUGCCCCGAGGAUUGCGGUUGCGGAGACGGCUGCGAAAACCAGCGCUUCCAGCGCAAGGUGUACGCCGAUGUUUCUGUCAUCAAGACCGAUAAGAAAGGCUUUGGUCUGCGUGCUAACAAGGACCUCAAGCAAAAUGACUUCAUCUUCGAAUACAUUGGCGAAGUCAUUUCAGAGCCCGCCUUCAGACGGCGCAUGCACCAAUAUGACCAAGAGGGCAUCAAACACUUUUAUUUCAUGUCGCUCAGCAAAGGAGAGUUUGUUGAUGCAACAAAAAAGGGCAACCUCGGCCGAUUCUGCAACCAUUCGUGCAACCCGAACUGUUUUGUCGACAAAUGGGUUGUUGGCGAUCGACUCCGCAUGGGCAUCUUCGCCGAGCGCCGCGUUGAAGCCGGAGAAGAACUCACUUUCAACUACAAUGUCGACCGCUACGGCGCCGACCCCCAACCCUGUUACUGCGGCGAACCAAACUGCUCCGGUUUCAUUGGCGGCAAGACACAAACCGACGACCGUGGAACCCAGCUCUCAUCCAACAUCCAAAAGGCUCUCGGUAUCUUCGGCAAUGAGGAUUGGGAGAAUGCCGCUCACACCAAAAAGCCGCGCAAGAAGAAGGCCUCUGAGGACGAUGAAGAAUACAUCGAUAGCAUCGAGCUGAAGCAGCUUGGUCCAGCAGACGUCAAGGCUGUCAUGGGUGAGAUCUACAAGAACCAGGAAAAAUGGAUCAUCGUCAAGCUUCUGAACCGUAUACAAAGCUGCGACAACGAGAACGUACUCUUCAAGGUAGCCAAGAUGCACGGCUAUGUCAUUCUCAACAAGCUUCUCAAGACCUACAACGACGACACCAACAUCCUGUUGCAAAUUCUGGACAUUCUUAACAAGAUCCCCCGCUUGACUCGCAACAAGAUUGCCGACUCCAAGAUCGAUGUCACCGUCGAGGGCCUGCUUGACAACGAAGACGAAAGAGUCAAGUCGCAAGCUGGAAAGAUCUUCGACGAAUGGAGCAAGCUUAUAAUCGCCUACCGCAUCCCGCGUGUGAAGCGAGACCCCAACCUAUUACAACAAGACAAGAGGCUUGAUCGUUCUGAGAGAAAGGCUCGCGAGCGAAGCAGAUCCCGUUCGCGCUCAAGAUCGAUUGAAGCACCGAGGGCUCCCAAAGGACCAUCUGCCAAGGCAACCCCUUCAGGCCCGCGUGGAGGAGGCCCGCACCGUGGAGGCGGUUUCUUCCAAGGUGGCUCCAGGCCUCCCUUCAGAUCUCGACCCCAUCCUGUUGAGCUCCCUCCCGGCUGGUACGUCGCUUUCGAUCAGAACGGUUCUCGCUAUUAUUACGACGGCAAUGGCAAAGUGCAAUGGACACCGCCCACACAAUCAGCGGUGAAUGCACCACCUCCACCGCCGCCCAGAGUCUUGUCCGAAGCGCAGAAACUCGAGGAUCUGAUUCAGGGUAUCGUUAACAAGAAAGAAACACCAAACACUGACAAGCCUUCGGCCACUGCGACACCGACUGAGACACCUAUGAAAGCCAAGCCUGAUGAGAAGUGGCGUUCGUUACCCGAGGAGAAACAGAAGAGGGUGUACGAAAAUACGCUCUUCCCAUCCGUCAUCCACGUCGCAAACAAAUACAGGGGCAAACUAGACAAAGAGGAUAUUAAGCGCUUCGCCAAAGAAUGUUCGAAAAAGCUUGUCAACUCCGAUUUCAAAAACAAGCGUGUCGCCGAUCCAUACAAGAUCGACCCAAGACAAGAGAAGGCAGUCAAGAAGUUCGUGACAGAUUUCUUCGAGAAGGCUGUCGUGAAGAAAAAAGAGCACGACCAACGCAAAGGACAAACUUCAAGCCAAGGAGACACGGAGCCGAUGCAAAUCGAUUCGCCCAAGGCUGCCGACGUCGACGAACCCACAACUCUUGCCGACUUGGACGAUGGCAACGACCUCUCUGCUAUGACAAGUCCGGCUGUCUUGAAGCGAGCACGAGAAGAGGAAGGUUCAGCAGCAGGUGCCUCAGAAGGAGAUGACCAACAAGGCAAAAAGGCAAGGGUCUCUGCACCUGCACCACCUCCCCCUCCACCUCCGCCAGCUGGAGAUAUGCGUGAUGACGAAAUGCAAGGGACUAGCGAAGACUACUCUAGUGGUGAAGGUUUCUCUAUCAAAGGCGCUGCCGGCGGACUUCACCAGCGCACAACAAAAUACGCCCAGUCACCCAUGCAGGUCGCAACCCCACCCACAACAAACAGUCCGGACGAAGACGAAAGGGAAAGACGGCGCAGGGAGUUCAGCGGAGUCAACGCAGAGAGGAUGAAGCACUUGGGAUUUCUGGACAGGUCCAACGGUCGUUGA